ACUACAGGUGUCACUAAUACCAACAUCGUUAUUUUUGUAACUAAUGGGUUAUUUAUAAAAUUUAUUAAAAUGAUGUCAAUUAGAGCAUUUGUUGCUGUAUUAUGCGCAUUAGUGUUCAUAGAUAAAGCAAAUAGUGACCAAAACAAUAGAAUCAUUAAUAUUGAAUGGGAACCCAAACACCCAGCCUUUGAUCCAAAUAUAUACGAGGAAGUUUUAAAUCCUGAGCUAUGCACAAAUCAAUUGCAAUAUUUGACUUUGAAUGACACGCUUCUAAUGAUGACAUUUCUGGAGGCAGGGCCAAGAAUACCAAAAGGGAUCUUGCAAGGUAAUUCUGUAGAUUUAGGAAAUUAUCAUCAAUGCUUGGGCAUUAACAGAGAAAUCGAUGAUAUGAUUAUCAACGGGAAGUAUUGUCGAAUAAGGAUAGGAUUGUCAAAUCUUCAAAGCUUGGGAGAUGCACCUGAAUUGCGAAAUAUAAUUAAUGAUAUUGAUUCUACAAAGAGUGAAAUACUUCCGUUUAAUAGAUUACUACAAAAUGUUGAAAUUCUGAGUGGGAUAGAAAGUGAAAAAAAAAUGAGAACGGAUGCAGCAAAUGUUGGUGAUAUACAAUUUAGAGUAUCUGUUUGCAUACCGAAGCCUUGCACCACAAGACAAGCGUUGCCUAAUCUUAUCGGAACCCAGUUGGUAAAUUUCCAAGAAGAAUUUUGCCGGUUUAAAAAUGACAAACCCUGGGCACCAGGGGUUUAUGUGGCUAUUAUUGUCUUCAGUUUAUUUGGUUUACUGGCCAUUCUUAGUACCAGUUACGAUAUCUGGAAUACUGUUAUUCAGAAACGAGAUCCCAAAUCUCUCAGUACAGUUUAUCAAUCGUUCUCAGUAUACACCAAUUCAAGUCGUCUUAUCACAUAUAAACCAGUUCGCGAUGCCUUAGAAUGUGUCGAUGGUAUCAGAGCAAUAACUAUGGCUUGGAUUAUAAUUGGGCACACAAUGUAUUUUCUUCCACCAUUUAUAAAUAUUGUGGACCUGUCUCAGACUCUUAUGUCAUUACGUUCGUUUUGGUUGGCUUCAUUCGAUAUCGGUGUGGACACAUUUUUUAUGCUAAGCGGAUUGUUGGUCGUCUACACUACUGUUGGAAAAAUAAGCAAUAUUAAACUGUUAAAGAAGCUCCAUCUGUUUUACCUCCAUCGAUAUUUACGAAUGUUUCCUAUGCUAGCCACUACCAUAUUGCUGCAAGUCGGUGUACUACAUUAUAUUUAUGAUGGUGCAAUGUGGACUAGAAUAGCUCCACGAAUUAACCGCUGUAGGGCAAGCUGGUGGUUAACAUUACUUCAGGUGCAGAAUUUUUUCCCACCAUGGUGUACAGGUCACGCUUGGUACUUAGCGAUUGAUAUGCAACUACACAUUCUGUCUCCAUUGAUAUUAUUCUUCGUAUUGUCAGGCAAAAAAAAUCGCGCCUGGUCGGCUUUGAUUGUUGGAUUAUUAGUUGCUCUCACUGCGUCGUCAAUUUACAUCUACAUGAAUAAUUUCAUUAGUUCUUCAAUACGACCUGAAACGGAUGUUGAAAGUGCAGAACGAUACGCGAGCCACUAUUAUAAUAAUACGUUGACAAGAUGUCCACCCUUCUUUGUUGGGAUGUGCUUUGGAUAUUUGAUCCACUUUGAAAAGAAUAUUCGAUUUUCAAGGAUCUUACAUUGCGUAUUAUGGAUCGUCAACUUAACCGUACUGUGCUUGGUACUCUUCUCGUUUGAGCCAAUGAAAAAUCCUGACUAUGACAACCAAGCUUUAGAUAACUUUUUGAACUCCUUUAGACGACCGGCAUGGUCUAUUGGUGUUGGCUGGCUUAUUUUUGCAUGCACUGAAGGUUAUGGAGGCCCAAUCAACUGGUUCUUGUCACUGAAAUUUUGGAAAUUGCCGUCUCGACUUUCAUAUGCGAUGUAUUUGUUGCAUCUGCCCAUACAAUUCGUUAUAAUAGGGGCACCUACGCAACAAAUGUACUUUUCUAUGCCAAAUAUUAUAUACAUUUUUUGUUCUCAAUAUGUGAUGUAUUUCAUAGCCAGCUUUAUUCUAACAAUUCUAGUGGAUUUCCCGUGUUCCAAUAUUAUAAAAAUAGUCUUAGGUAGCGGCAUCAAAAAAUCUGAUCCAGAGCGACGACGUGAUUUAAAAGCAUCCGAAAAUAAACCUGUGACUCAGCAACAAAACGAAUUAACCAAUGAGCACCACAAAGACGCAACCUGA